AAAAAACUUCAAGUUCUCCUCAAGUCCCAGCAAAAUGACGUAAUAUUCAGAAAAUCUAAAAAGAAGCGUAAAACAUUGCGCUCUACAAAUCAUUAAAAUAGAAAAAAUAAACAAAAUUUAUUAAAAUAACUGUGAUAAAUAAAAAACUAAACAAAAUGCAGCCACAAAAUAUAAAUAAAUUAGCAAUAAUUGCCAGCAUUAUGACAAUGUUCAUGCUAAAUUUAUUGCUUAAGACAGCAGCUGCCAAAGAAAAUAUACCCACAUAUGUUAGAGAUGAAGCUGAACUGCAAGGGAGAGAGAAAAGAGAUAGUUAUAGACCUAUAGAACAACAGCCACAGACACAUAGAUCGGCACAUCAUCAUAAUCAGCAGCAUCAUUCGUCACAUCAUACUCACAGUGGCAGCAAUCAUCACCACAGGCAGCAGCAACAGAGGCAACGUAAUGCCGGUUACAGUGCAGCUCAUAGUACAUAUAGACGUUACUCAAGAGAUUCUAAGGAUACCGCCAACACUUACAGUAGUCGUAAACCUAAUAUUAUUUUAAUACUUACCGAUGAUCAGGAUGUUGAAUUGGGUUCUUUGAAUUUUAUGCCCCGAACUUUGCGUAUUUUAAGAGAUGGCGGGGCGGAGUUCAAACAUGCCUAUACCACAACACCCAUGUGCUGUCCAGCCCGUUCUUCCAUAUUAACCGGCAUGUAUGUGCAUAAUCAUAUGGUCUUUACCAACAACGAUAACUGUUCGAGUCCACAGUGGCAGGCCACACAUGAGACACGAUCCUUUGCUACGUAUUUGUCAAAUGCCGGCUAUAGGACGGGCUAUUUUGGCAAAUAUUUGAAUAAGUAUAAUGGUUCCUAUAUACCACCGGGUUGGCGGGAAUGGGGAGGUCUUAUUAUGAAUUCAAAAUAUUAUAACUAUAGUAUAAAUAUGAAUGGACAAAAGAUCAAACAUGGAUUUGAUUAUGCCAAGGAUUACUAUCCCGAUUUAAUAGCUAAUGAUUCGAUAGCAUUUUUAAGAUCAUCAAAACAACAAAACCAAAGAAAACCUGUGAUGUUAACAAUGAGUUUUCCGGCACCACAUGGACCCGAAGAUUCAGCGCCGCAAUAUAGUCAUUUAUUUUUUAAUGUAACUACACAUCAUACUCCUUCAUAUGAUCUGGCUCCGAAUCCCGAUAAACAAUGGAUUUUAAGGGUAACCCAACCCAUGGAACCGGUACACAAACGUUUUACAAACAUAUUAAUGACCAAACGUUUACAAACCUUACAAUCUGUUGACACGGCUGUGGAGAGAGUUUAUAAUGAAUUAAAAACUUUAGGAGAACUAGAUAAUACCUAUAUAAUAUACACCUCCGAUCAUGGUUAUCAUUUGGGACAAUUUGGUUUGAUUAAAGGUAAAAGUUUUCCAUUUGAAUUUGAUGUAAGAGUACCGUUCUUGGUGCGCGGACCUGGUAUACAGCCUUCAAAAGUGGUAGAUGAAAUUGUUUUAAAUGUGGACUUGGCUCCGACAUUUUUAGAUAUGGGCGGGGUACCAACACCAGCUCACAUGGAUGGUCGCAGUAUUUUACCUUUGUUGCUAAACAAACAUAGAAAUGUCAAAGAACAAUGGCCCGAUACAUUUCUAAUCGAAAGUUCCGGACGUCGGGAGACACCAGAACAAAUAGCCGAAGCACGAGCCCGUUUACAGAUGGAGAGAACAAAUAUGAAAUUAGCUAAUAGCACUUUAUUAGAAGAUCUUGUAGGAAACAUUACUUCCACACCACAAACACACAUAGAUGUCAUCGAUUUGGAAUCGAGAGAAGAAGAACAAUUUGCCGAGACUGAGAGAGAAGUAGACACCGAUACCGAAGAUGAUUUCGAUUUUGAUAAUGAAGAAGACGUCGAUACUUCGAAUGGCAAUCUGGAGGAUGAGGAAGAUGAGGAUGUCGAUGAAGAUAAUGAACAACAAGAUCAAUUUGAUAAUAAUCUACCUUUGGCCCCCUAUAUAACUAAAAUGAUGCGUUUAAAUUCGGAAUGUUCAGAUCCUAAACUUUUGGAAAAUUGUAGACCUGGUCAAAAAUGGAAAUGUAUCAAUGAGAAUGGUAGAUGGCGCAAGCACAAAUGUAAAUUCCAUUUACAAUUACAGCAUCAUUUAGCGGAAAUUUCUAAAUAUCCCAAGAAUCCCAAUAAACGUAAAUGCGCCUGUUUUACACCAGAUGGCGUGGUGUAUACCAAAAUUAAGCCCGAAAACUAUUAUGGCGAACAAAGAAGAGUUAGGAAACGUACCCAAAGUUUUGGUAAAACUUCCCGCCGACAUAAACGAGACACGGAAAAUUUUGAUAUAGAAGAAUUAUAUCACACCGAGUUACCCUAUGAAAUGGAAGAACUUUUAGAUUUACAUGGCAAUUUAAAUGAUCUGGAAAAACAUUUAUUAGCUCAAAACGAAAAGAAAGCCGAACAUUUACGUCUUAAACGUGAGCUAACGGCUAAUUUAUUUGAAAAUCCGGAGGCUCUUAAUGAUAGUGAUGAAAGUAAAAAGAAUUCCUCUUCUAAUGAUGCCAUUUCUAAAGUAAUACAAGAGAUACAAGAUACUCUAGAAACCUUGGAAUUAAAGUUUGUAGAACAUGAUUGGUCUAACAGUAAUACAUCGAAAACAUCUACGAAACUUACAUCUUCCGGUUUUGUUCGGGGUAGUAAAUUUCCCAAGGUAGGUGGACGUGUAGGUACCCGCUGUUAUAUUGAAUCUGAAACUGGUAAAGUCAAUUGUUCCGAUGUUAUCUAUGAUGAUGAGAAAACAUGGCGUAAAUCAAGAUCACAAAUUGAUAUGUUAAUCAAGGUUUUAAAGGAUAAAAUUACCCAUUUGAAGGAUAUUAAGAAACAAUUGAGAGAAAGUAAACAGCAACAACAGGGCAGAUAUUGGAAUAAUGAAUUUAUAGCACAAUCUAGGGAUGAUAAUGCUAAUACCGAUUUAUCGGUAAUAUCAACAGAAUAUUAUGGUCCUAAAGGAUCUAGACGUCGUAGACCUUAUAGCAAUCAGCAUCAUCACCAGCAACAACAUCAUGGCAGACAUCAUCUCUAUGGUGGAAUUAAUAAUGGGCCUGGUAGCCGAAGAAGAAUAUCUGAUAAUACAGAAUAUGAAAAAUAUCCUCAAGUUUCGAAAAAUAUAAACAUACAUGAUUUAAUAGGAACACAGCCAAGAGGAAAACCACGCCAUAAUGUGCCAAAUAUACCUGCAAGUACAAUAAUCAGCAGUACAACUUCUCAAUUUCCGGAAGAAAGUUCAACAAAUAAUAAUAAUUUUGAAAAAGGAAAUUAUAACAGAUUGAGCACCUCGACUUAUAAUCUGGACUAUGAAGGAUCUAAUAAAGAUACUAUAUACAGCACCGAAAGAAAUCGCUACUACAAUCCCAUAACAGAUUUCAGAAGCACUACAGAAACUGCCAAUCGACAUAUAAAUCAUAAUAAAGGUCAAAAGGAAGUAAUCAAAGAAACCUAUCACAAUCAAAGACAACCUUUAAAUGAUCCUUUUCAAACUAACAACAACAACAAUAAUAAUAAUCAAUACUCAGGACCAGCAGAAUGUUAUUGUGAACCGGAAGAUGAUAUAUAUCCCGAUUCUAAGGAAAUUGCCCGUGAAGCUAGACGUAAACUUAAGGAAGAACGUCAACGUAAAAAGGAACGUAAACGCAUUAAGAAGGCUCGCUUGGAAAAGGAAUGUCUUUCGGAGAAAAUGAAUUGUUUUUCACACGAUAAUACACAUUGGCGUACAGCUCCCUUGUGGAAUGAUAGUCCCUUCUGUUUUUGUAUGAAUGCCAAUAAUAAUACCUAUUCAUGUUUGAGAACCAUUAAUGCAACACAUGAUUAUUUAUAUUGUGAAUUUACCACAGGUUUAAUAACAUUUUAUAAUUUGAAAAUAGAUCCCUUUGAAACCUUAAAUCGUGCUUCAUCUUUAACCUCUGCAGAAAAAUCAUAUAUGCAUGAUGCUUUAGCUAAACUUAAGAGUUGUAAGGGACGCAAUUGUACCCUAAAGAAACCUACAAUUCCUGUAAAUGUUUCAACUACUGUGAAUAGUUUACCCAGGGGUACAAAACGAAAACAUGCUUCCGGCAUAGUUAAUACUCCAUUGAAUGUGAAUUCCGGUUUCAUUUCAAAUCGUAUGGACGGCUAUGAUGGUCCGCAAGCUAAACGUCGAAAAGUUGCAAAUAGAUGGUCAUCUAAUACAAAUAGUGUACGUCGUAAGCCAUGGAAACAACAUACACAGCAACAUCACCUGCAACAGCAAAAUAAUCAACAUCAUUCCUAUUACAAUAGACAAGAAUUUGGGCAACACAUACGACCCAACUAUAAUCAGCAUCAUAACCAAAAUCGUUUAACAACAACAACUACAACACAACAACAUAUAGCUGAACGUAAUACGAGUUUACGCAGAAAUCGUUUUCAUCAGGAUUUGCAGCAACAGCGUCAGCAGCAGCUAGAACCACAACGUCAAUAUAUACAACCACAAUAUAAAUCAGAAAACAAAGAACAGCAACAGCCAUCAAUAACAAUGAAAAAUAAUACAAUUGAUUUACAACUACAGCAACAACAGCAAAAUCCUUUAGAAAUAGGAAAACAGCAUCAUACAGCAAAUGAUAACAACAAUAGAACUUCAUCAGCAUCCACAUUCUCUUCCUCAUCAUCGGUUGUAACAAAAACUACAACAGAUUUAUAUGUGAACUUACCACAACAACAGCCAGCAACAACAACAAAGUCAUCUACAUCGACCUCAUCAUCAUCAUCAUCAUCUCCCACCACCACCACCAUAACAACAUCAUUUUCCUCACCACCACCAACCUUGUUAGUCGAACAUAAUCUGUAGUAAAGUUUUAAGUAGAAAUUCAUUAUCAUAUAUUUUUGUGUUUGUGCAAAUUUAUUGUAAAAUAAAAUUAUUUAUAGUUAACAAUUUGUUAUGUAAGUUAAAAUCUAAUCUAACCUAACAUCCUGUCCUUUCCAAAAAACAAGAAAUACAUUACACAAUAACAUUUUCAAAUGUUAGUUUUAAAGAUUAUUAUAAAUGCGAAUUCUUUCGACAAAAAGUAAUUCUAAAUAAUUUUAAAUUAUGUACUAUCUUUAACUGCUCAAUUUCAUAACAUUUUAACAUUCAUUUCGAACAAACAAAAUCUACAAAAUACUAAAAAAAUCAUGCUCUUUUAACAUAUCCAGCCAGCUGCAUAUCCUUAACGAAAUGUUAAAUUGUUAUUCAAAUAAAACUGCUUCUAUUUAAAUAACAUAACUAUUAAAUAAUUAAACUCUAGUAGCAACAUAAAUGCGCUGAUCUUUAAAACCAGUGAAAAACUAUUAGGCAACAUCAAAACUACUAUUCUAUACUAAACGAUACUAUAAAACUUAAUAUAUUAUUACAUACAUAUAUACAAACAUACAAUUAAUGAAUUGAACAUUAGUUUAUUAUGAAAAAUCUGUAUUGAUAUUUGCUAUAAAAUUAAUUGUAGCCUAAAAACAAUUCUAAGUCUAUUCUCUAAUACAA